GUCGUCUGAUGCCAGCCCGCAGCCCCCGCCUCGCUGGUCCCAGGGUCGGAAACGCGGCCUGGAUGGGAGGAGGAGAAAGCAGGAUGAGCCCGAAUCGUCCGGUUUUGAUGAAAACAAGUACAGGCCCUGUGACAGCAGGCUGGACAGUUUCACAACACCAGAAGGCCCUGGACCCCUUUCCCGGUGUUCAGAUUGGGGAACUGCAGUGGAAGAAGAUGAAAUGAGGACCAGUGUUAACAAAGAAAUCGCAAGAUACAGAAGAAAACUCCUGAUAAAUGAAUUUUCAAGAGAAAGGAAGUCCUCCUCUGGAAGCUCUGAUUCAAAGGAGUCCACUGUGACAGUAGAACUUGAAACAGAUGAAGUGGUUCUGAUGAGAAGACAGAAACAGAUAAACUAUGGAAAAAACACAAUUGCAUAUGAUAGAUACAUUAAAGAAGUUCCUAGAUGCCAUCGUAUACCGGGAGUUCAUCCUAGAACUCCGAAUAAAUUUAAGAAGUACAGCCGUAGGUCCUGGGACCAGCAAAUUAAACUGUGGAAAGUUGCGUUGCAUUCCUGGGAUCCACCUACUGAGGAAGGAUGUGAUCUGCAAGAAAUUAGUCCUGUUGAUCUUGGUGAGAUGGAGACCGAAUCUGUUGGAAGCAGUUCUACUGAGUCUCAGACGAGCUGUCAAGAUAAUGAUGAUACCUGUUCUGGCACUCCCACCAAAGUUAGACACGUUGACUAUCAAGCAGAAGGUGAAUUUGACUUGGAAGUGUGUUUGAGUGAAUCGCUUAAAGAUUUUGAUACUUUGUCCACCUGCAGAUCCAAGAGCAAAGUUAGGGACAUAUUUCUGAGCAUCUGUGCUUUUCCAUCUGGCUCUUCUACAAGGAUCUGA